AAGAAGUCCGCCUUUUGUCCAAUCGGAGGCUACGUUGCUUCAUCCAGUACGCAUGCGCUGAGGAGCAGCUUCUUCAUGUGUUGUGCGUCGUGUCCGGUGGAGGUCACAGACAUCUGAGAGAAACUGAGGUUGCUGUCAUGGCCAAGCUGUUUGAGUCUAUUGGGAAGUUGGGGCUGGCCCUCGCCAUCGGUGGAGGUGUAGUGAACUCUGCGCUAUUUAAUGUUGAUGCAGGACACCAGGCUGUCAUAUUUGACAGGUUCAGAGGAGUGCAAGAUGCUGUUGUUGGUGAAGGGACCCACUUCCUCAUUCCCUGGGUGCAGAAACCUAUUAUCUUCGAUUGCCGCUCCCGUCCACGCAAUGUGCCUGUCAUCACAGGCAGUAAAGAUCUGCAGAAUGUAAACAUCACACUGCGUAUCCUCUUCCGGCCGGUGACUACCCAGCUGCCACGCAUCUUCACCAGUAUUGGUGAGGACUAUGAUGAGAGGGUGCUACCAUCCAUCACCACAGAGGUCUUGAAGGCUGUAGUGGCUCGGUUUGAUGCCGGUGAGCUCAUCACCCAGAGAGAGCUUGUGUCUCGGCAGGUCAGUGAGGAUCUUACAGAAAGAGCCUCCACCUUCGGUCUCAUCUUGGAUGACGUUUCAUUGACACACUUGACCUUUGGUAAGGAAUUCACAGAGGCUGUGGAGAUGAAGCAGGUGGCCCAGCAGGAAGCAGAGAGGGCCCGUUUUAUUGUAGAAAAGGCAGAGCAACAAAAGCAGGCUGCCAUCAUCUCAGCAGAGGGAGAUUCUCAAGCUGCCUUGCUCAUUGCCAACUCCCUAAUGGAGGCUGGCGACGGUCUGGUAGAGCUACGUAAGCUGGAGGCAGCCGAGGACAUCGCGUUCCAGCUCUCCCGUUCCCGCAAUGUCACUUACCUGCCCUCAGGACAGGGCACACUGCUUCAGUUGCCCCAGUGAUAAUGCCUCUCACCACAUCCACCCCACUCUCGCUGUCUCCAGCCGUUACAUUGGCCAUAGAAGGGGUGGUUAGAGGAUUCAGUAAAAGACUCUGAGCUUCACACACACAUUCCUCCCACUCUUUCUCUAACCAACUCUGGACUGGGCUCUGCUGAUAGUAGCAUGGUGGGAGACAAAGUGAGAGGUCUGAGAUCGAUACAUUUAUGAAGUCCACCCACAUGUAAGGAAGUGAAGAGAGAGGGGUUAAUCGAUCCAUCUGUGGAAACCUAUAUAUGUAUGAUAAGAAUUAACAAUGCAGUAAAUUCUCUAAAGAUUUGUCUUUGCUGCAUCGUUUCAGAUUCUGAGCACUCUAUGUGUGAAAAGCAACAGAGUAAUUUUACAUCAAGAGAAACCAGUGUGAGUCUUUCAAAAGAUAAGCUGAUAAAUUGUUGAACAUAAAAGCUCUUACUCUAUUAUUGUACUGGAAAGUUUCAUCAAAUUGUGUAACUAUAUUAAAAUCUGUAAUGGAAGACUCUACUUUGGAUUCACACUUAAAGAUGUAACUGAUCACAGAUGGUAUAUUGAUUUGAAUUAAAUUCUUUGUGUUCUGACUUGCUAUAGAUAAAAUUUUUGUUAAUUGGAAUGUGCCUGUCCGAUAGUAGAUAAUGAUCCUUCAUUCUCUACAGUUGUUGCUGUGACUUUAGUCUGUGUGGAGACAGUGUAAGCCCCAUGUUUCAGAAAUGGCUCAACUUAACAAUAAAAUUGUCUUUCUACCUCCCA